AUGAAGCUCUUUCUCCUCGCCGCUGCAGCUUUCUCUGCGCCCGCCCUGACGGUCUCCGAGCUUAACCACAUCAAGUCCCUGAAUCCCAGGUGGAAGGCGGGCAUCCCGAAGCGCUUCGAGGGGCUCACGAAGGAUGAGAUCUCGAGCCUCCUGAUGCCUGUUUCCUUCCUCAAGCGCGAUAGGGCUGCGGUUCCCCGUGGGACCGUGUCCGCCACGCAGGCCCCCGACUCCUUUGACUUCCGCGAGGAGUAUCCCCACUGCAUCCCCGAGGUUGUCGACCAGGGCGGAUGCGGCUCCUGCUGGGCCUUCUCCUCCGUAGCUUCCGUCGGCGACCGCCGAUGCUUUGCUGGCCUCGACAAGAAAGCCGUCAAGUACUCCCCGCAGUAUGUGGUCUCCUGCGACCGUGGAGACAUGGCUUGCGACGGCGGCUGGCUCCCGAGCGUCUGGAGAUUCCUCACCAAGACUGGAACGACCACCGACGAGUGCGUCCCUUACCAGAGCGGCAGCACCGGCGCCCGCGGCACCUGCCCGACGAAGUGCGCCGAUGGCAGCGACCUGCCCAUCUACAAGGCCACAAAGGCUGUCGACUAUGGUCUGGACUGCGACCUUAUCAUGAAGGCUCUCGCCACGGGCGGCCCUCUCCAGACCGCCUUCACCGUUUACUCCGAUUUCAUGUACUAUGAGGGCGGCGUCUACCAGCACACCUACGGAAGAGUCGAGGGUGGUCACGCAGUCGAGAUGGUGGGCUACGGCACAGACGAGUACGACGUUGACUACUGGAUCAUCCGCAACUCCUGGGGCCCUGACUGGGGUGAGGACGGCUACUUCCGCAUCAUUCGCAUGACGAACGAGUGCGGCAUUGAAGAGCAAGUAAUAGGUGGGUUCUUUGAGAACUAA